AUGGUUUUUGUUAGAUACAUUAAAGCUUCUUGCUCUUACUUGUCAUCGGGUAUUACUUAUUUCUUUGUAAAGAAAAAAACAAAGGAAGAACACAUGGCAAAUGAAGAAGUUGCACUUCAACCAGUAGAAAGUAAAAGUUGGUUUUGGUUCCUUUAUAAUUGGACUGGAGCUGAUGGGGAUAUGCUAAGAUCAGCAGAAAAAAAAAUUUUAUCAUAUCUAAAGACAGCUUAUCGUGGUAGUUAUGUUGAUAUUGGACCCAGUGUUGGCAUAUCAGAUAAAAUAUGGACCUUAUCUUUGAAUGAAGAAUCAAAAAAAACCCCAAUACUAUUAUUACAUGGAUUAGCAUCAGGAGUUGCACUGUGGGUUUUAAAUUUAGACUCUUUUGCAGCAACUAGACCAGUUUAUGCAAUUGAUGUUUUAGGAUUUGGAAGAAGUUCAAGACCUUUGUUCAGUUCGGAUGGGUUGGAAGCUGAGCAGCAGUUGGUUAGGUCAAUCGAAGCUUGGAGGAAAGAAAUGAAAUUAGAAAAAAUGAUUCUUCUAGGACACAGUAUGGGAGGAUUUUUGGCUGCUUCUUAUGCUAUUAAAUAUCCUGACAGAGUUAAACAUUUAAUUUUGGCUGAUCCAUGGGGUUUUCCUGAAAAACCAGAUGAGCACUCUCCAAAAUAUAAAUAUUCUUUAUUUAUAAGAGCAGCAGCUUAUAUUCUCCAGCCGUUUAACCCUCUGUCUACAGUUAGAGCUGCUGGACCGUUAGGUCAGUGGUUAAUUGAAAAAGCUAGACCUGAUAUUAUUAGAAAAUUUGCUCCUUUACUUCAAGAAGAUAUAGGAAUGAUUCCCCAAUAUAUUUUUCAAUGCAAUGCACAAAAACCUAGCGGUGAAAGUGCUUUUCAUGCAAUGAUGACCGGUUUUGGAUGGGCCAAACAUCCAAUAAUAAAUAGAAUGAAUUUAUUAAGGGAAGAUGUGCCCAUUACUCUAAUUUACGGGGCCAGAUCAUGGGUAGAUAGUUCCGCGAGUGACAAAAUCAAAGAAUUAAGAUCCAGUGAUUCUUACGUUAACGUCAUCGUGAUUAACGGAGCUGGCCAUCACGUGUACGCAGACAGAAGCGAAACGUUUAAUAAACAUGUAAAUGAAGCAUGCAGUAUUUCGGAUCGCAAUGCAGACGUUCCUCAAAAAAAGGAAUCAUCUUCAUCGAAUAAGAUUGAUUUACAGGAUCAAUCUUCGAAAGUCGCAUCUCCUGACAAAACUCUGUCUAACGGAGAUGAAACUACUUCGGAGCCUGCAAAUUUAUCUCUGAAAGACCCGUGA